AUGUUGCUCUGAGUCAGUCUGUAGUCUUCGCUUGCUUCACUGCUGUUCCACAAGCUGCUGUAUUUGUUAAUAAAAAAAUGUCUUCAGAUGAAGAGGAUUAUAUGUCUGAUGCUUUUCUGAACCCACAGCUGGACGUCAGGCCCGGCGUGCCGAUGGUGAAACGGGAGAAGGCGGCUCGGAAGAGAGAGGAUCUCCAUAAAGAAAAAUGUGUAGAGAAUCGACAGAAAAGCAUCAAACAGCAGGAGCUGGAGCAGCGGCAGGAGGCGCUGCAGAGCUCCAUCAGCACCGAGAACAAGGGCUUUGCUCUGUUACAGAAGAUGGGCUAUAAGGCCGGACAGGGACUUGGGAGAGAGGGUUCUGGGCGAGUUGAUCCGAUUCCACUCAACAUUAAAACAGACAGAGGUGGGAUCGGAUUGGAGGAGCUGAAGAAGCGGAAGGCUGCGGAGGAACUGGAACAUCACCGCAAAAAAGUCCAGAUCAGAAAACAGAUGGAGAAACGAAACCUGGAGGAUUUCAGAGAUCGUAAGAGGUCGGAGAAAGAGAAGCAGCAGGCAGAGGCGGAUCUGAGGCGGAGCCAGCGGGCCUGUCAACAACUCGACACCCAGCAGGGUAAAGUCGCACCGAAGGAUGUCUGGUAUUGGCCUGAAGUGAUCACUGAGGAGGCAGAGCAUCCUGAAGAGUCCAGUGAUGAGGAGAGUGAUGAAGAGGAGAUGACGUCGUUGGAGAAGCUGCAGUAUAUCACCUCGUACCUGCGGGACGUGCAUUUCUACUGCAUAUGGUGUGGAACGGCAUACAAUGAUGAAGAGGAUUUAAGCUCAAAUUGUCCUGGAGAUACGGCAGCAGACCAUAAUGAUUAAAUCAACAGGCUUCGUCUGGCACAUCUGUCGUAUAAUUUUAGUUUUCAUUAUCUUCUUUCAAUUUGUUCUGAAGAAUUUUGUCUUUGUCUUGAUAUUCAAAUAAUAUUUAUUUGUAAUAAAUUCUAAAAAAUA